UUAUCAAAAUUUAAAGAGUUUAAAUCAUAAACCUUAACUAGUAAAUACCUUCUAUACGCAAGUCUUCACUUCCAAUUAGAAGCGAUUCCCUUCUUUGUAUAGUCAUAUAGCCAAUAAACCGAGGAUUAGUUACAACACUCACUCUCUCAUGACUCUCAUGACUCUCAUGGGUAAUGCUCAUGACUUGAACCAUUGCAUCUCCGCGGCAAAUAAUAUAUGAAAGGAGUCUUUCGAGCCCGCCUGUUCGCCAAGUGUAAACUAUGUCAUCUUCUCAAAGGCAAUCAUAAGCCUUUGUGUACCGUAAGUAGGUUUUUCUAUUUGACCUCUCGUCUUCCCACCUAUUAUCUCCUCCUAACUCGUGACUUAUUCCAUUACACCCUUUUCCCCCUUGGAAUACGUUCUACCAAAUCUAGAAACAUGGCUGCCAAACGCUUUGCAAUUUUGAUGUUAGCUAGCAGUGCCUUAGCACAGACGUCCGACAUGGAAAACAUGCCGCAUGCGACGAGCAUGUCGAGCACUGCUUCUCCCAUGAGUGAGAUGACUUCGAUCUCACAGUCGGUUGGUUCCUCCACCGGCAUACCCGGCUCAAAUACGACGGCUGCGGUUAGCAGUUGGGCAACUUCUACGCCAGCGGAACCAUCCACGUUUAGUCCUGUCACGGCCAAUGAGACACGGACGACAGCUGGGAUGCCGAUGGGUACCGGCGGGGUGACGCCAAACGCUACUGGCGGUGGGCAAAUCCCUGUGUCAGGCGCCGGAGCUGUGAACAGCAUUUCGGUAAGUCCGUCUUCUUAUGUUCUUGGCUUGUAGUUGACAUUUGAUACAGGUUGGUCUGUUCGCCGUCUCCAUAGCGUUUGCCGCCUCGGUGCUGCUGUAAAGCAUUCUACGCCGACUGCCAGUUGCCGGACUCUCACAUAUCGCGAUGAAGUUCGAUUAUAAACGGGGAGAGUUUCAGACAUAAUCUAGAACACGUUCUGUAAAACCACUUGGAUCAACUCUUGGAAUCGGCCAUAAGAUCCAUCAACGCUCGACAACAUUCCUGAUCCGGAGAAAAUCGUUACGAUAUUUCCUUGGUGUGGAUAUGGGUUCGGGGUUGAGUCGUAGAUCUGUAGUAUUAGUCUGUUAAUAGAAAAAGGCAACAUAUAUGCCAAUCUUCUCAAGACAGUGUACUAAACAUAACGUGGUGAGGCUCUAAAUAGAAAUAUUAGGAUUGACAUUUGAUAUGCCUGAAAUAACGUGUUAUUUAAAAGCUUGAAUAAUGGGGAUGUGGAGG